GUAACAAUCCCCCCCUCGAUCUCCCUCUCUAGCGUGACUUACCAAGCAACAACAACUAGGACAUCCACCAUGGCCACCUCGAGGUCUUUCUGUGGAAGCAGCAACAUCACAAUGCUGGCCGCCGCUCUGCUCCUUCUCCUGUCGACCUCCGCCGUGGCUCAGCUGGACGUCGGCUACUACAGCAAUUCUUGCCCGCACGUCGAGCAGAUCGUCCGGGAGGAGAUGCUCGGCAUACUCCAGGAGGCGCCCACGCUCGCCGGACCCUUCCUCCGCCUCCACUUUCACGACUGCUUCGUCCGGGGAUGCGACGCCUCCGUGCUGAUCGACUCCACCGACGUCGCCAACAAGCCCGCCGAGAAGGACGCGCCGCCCAACAAGAGCCUCCGCGGCUUCGGCGCCGUGCAGCGCGUCAAGGACAGGCUCCAGUCCGCGUGUCCUAACACCGUCUCCUGCGCCGACGUGCUCGCGCUCAUGGCCCGCGACGCCGUCGUGCUCGCCGGAGGCCCCACGUGGCCCGUCGCGCUCGGCCGGAGGGACGGCCGCGUCUCCAUCGCCAACGAGACCAACCAGCUUCCCCCGCCCACCUCCAACUUCACCCGCCUCUCCAAGAUGUUCGCCGCAAAGGGCCUCGACGCCAAGGACAUCGUCGUGCUCUCCGGCGGGCACACACUCGGCACCGCCCGCUGCGUCUCGUUCACCGACCGGCUGUACAACUUCACCGGCGCCAACAACCCGUCCGACGUGGACCCGGCGCUGGACACCGCGUACAUGGCCAAGCUGAAGUCUUAUUGCCGUAGCCUCGCCGACAACACCACUCUAGCCGAGAUGGACCCCGGCAGCUUCCUCACCUUCGACGCCGGCUACUACCGCCUCGUCGCCAAGCGCAGGGGCAUCCUCCACUCCGACUCCGCGCUCCUCGAGCACCCGACCACCAGGGCCUACGUCGAGCGCCAGGCCACCGGGCUCUUCGCCGCCGAGUUCUUCCGCGACUUCGCCGAGUCCAUGAUCAAGAUGGGCAACAUCGGCGUGCUCACCGGGGACCAGGGCGAGAUCAGGAGCAAGUGCUACGCCGUCAACAAAUAAUUGUCUCGGUUCAUUCGUCGACGUACUCGUGCAUUGCUAAUUCGGUACUAUUACUUUGAUUGCUUGCUUGGCUUGCGUUGGGUUCAUACAGAUAUGUGUGCUAAAUUAAUUUCACCCGUGACAUAUUUCUUUUUAAGUGUUCAUCAACCAUCACGACUGGCUGUGUUUGUAUAACUGAUAUUGGUCGUAAACGGCCUCAUACUUUCUUGUUUUGAUUUCAUUUUUUCAUGGGAAAUUUCUAUUCAUCUUGUAACAAUGGCGAUGUAAAGAAAUAUACAUUUUCUCAUGUUUACGGCAGA